AUGGCUCGGCAUCCUUCGGUAGAAUCGGAGAGGCCGAUUAUUGCCAAUUGCAACUCCAAGAGAUUCUCUACCAUGAGUGCGGCUCCUUCAAUUUCGCAUUCAGAGGCCAGUUUGGGAAGUCUCCCCAGCGGCGAUCCAAGACUAGCGGAUAUCCACCAACUCUCUAUCGGUCUAGAACGCCUGGAAAACAAACCCCUUCUGAAGCAACGUUUUGUCCCGACACCCGAGAAGUCUGAAAACCUUAGCAAACUGGCCCUCGGCGCAAAGGUUGAGCGAGCACUGGGACGGAGGAUGACCAGUCAGGAUGCGGUCAUGCGGGAGCCUAUCCUCAAGGAGAAGGCAGCGACGACUGCUCCGGCAGCCCAUUGA